AGGGUUUUAACAUUACUACUUAUUUCUGUUUCUUUUUUCGGCAGAGCUCUUCCUCCGUCUAUGGCGGUUCUUGCCGAACGGAACCACCGUCCCCAUUAGUACCCAACUGAGACCCAUUACCAGAAUCUCAUCAGGAAUCAUUCAAUGUUGAAGGCUUUGAACUCUUCAUGUUUCCGGAGCCGCCUCCACAAUCUGGCUCCGAGUUUCCGCCCGGCCACCGAGUCGGAAUCGCCUCUACUUAGGGUUCUUGGCUCUCUCAGAGGCUUGGGUGGGAGAAGCACCAGGUUGACUUGUCGGGCGUUUUUCUGCUCCGAUGCCAAUGAUGUGUCGGCACGGGAGGCUGAAAUUGAGGCUAAGGUGAAGGAGGAGGAUGUGGAGGUGAAGUCUUCGUCUGCUAUCGUUUCGACGAAUCCUCGACCGGAGGAUUAUUUGACGGUUUUGGCGUUGCCAUUGCCUCAUAGGCCAUUAUUUCCUGGAUUCUACAUGCCAAUUUAUGUAAAGGAUCCUAAACUAUUGGCCGCUCUGCAAGAAAGCAGAAGAAGGCAAGCUCCAUAUGCUGGUGCCUUCCUUCUUAAGGAUGAACCGGGAACUGAUUCUAGUACAGUAUCUGGAUCCGAGACAGAAAAAAAUACCAGUGAUUUGACAGGCAAGGAGUUAUAUGAUAGGCUUCAUGAAGUUGGCACACUUGCCCAGAUUUCAAGUAUCCAAGGAGACCAGGUGGUGCUUAUUGGUCAUAGAAGACUUCGAAUUACAGAGAUGGUUAGUGAGGAUCCCUUAACCGUGAAAGUUGAUCAUCUCAAGGAUAAACCUUAUAACAAAGAUGAUAAUGUUAUAAAGGCAACUUCAUUUGAGGUUAUAUCUACCCUUAGGGAUGUUUUGAAGACCAGUUCACUUUGGAGGGAUCAUGUUCAAACAUACACCCAGCAUAUUGGUGAUUUCAAUUUUCCAAGAUUAGCAGAUUUUGGGGCAGCAAUAUCUGGAGCAAAUAAAGUACAAUGUCAGGAAGUGCUUGAAGAAUUAGACGUAUAUAAACGGUUAAAAAUUACACUAGAAUUGUUGAAGAAGGAGAUGGAAAUAAACAAAAUUCAGGAAUCUAUAGCGAAGGCCAUUGAGGAGAAGAUAAGUGGCGAGCAACGUCGUUACUUACUGAAUGAGCAACUUAAAGCUAUUAAGAAGGAGCUGGGACUUGAGACAGAUGACAAAACAGCUCUUUCAGCAAAGUUUAGGGAAAGACUUGAACCAGUCAAAGACAAAUGUCCACAACACGUGGCACAAGUCAUAGAAGAAGAGCUUGCGAAACUGCAGUUAUUAGAGGCCAGUUCGAGUGAGUUUAAUGUUACAAGAAAUUAUCUGGAUUGGUUGACUGUACUUCCUUGGGGAGUUUACAGUGACGAGAAUUUUGAUGUCCUCGGUGCCCAAAAAAUUCUUGAUGAAGAUCAUUAUGGAUUAACUGAUGUCAAAGAAAGAAUCCUCGAAUUUAUUGCUGUUGGAAAGCUCAGAGGAAGUUCACAAGGAAAAAUUAUUUGUCUCUCUGGUCCACCUGGAGUGGGAAAAACUAGCAUUGGUCGUUCAAUAGCUCGGGCUUUGAAUCGUAAGUUCUUCCGAUUUUCUGUUGGAGGACUAGUUGAUGUUGCUGAAAUUAAGGGCCAUCGGCGAACCUACAUUGGUGCAAUGCCAGGAAAGAUGGUGCAGUGUCUUAAAAGUGUUGGAACUGCUAAUCCUCUUGUCUUGAUUGAUGAGAUAGACAAGCUUGGAAGAGGUCAUGCUGGAGAUCCUGCUAGUGCUUUGUUGGAGCUUCUUGAUCCUGAGCAGAAUGCUAACUUUUUGGACCAUUAUCUUGAUGUCCCAAUUGACCUUUCAAAGGUUCUUUUUGUCUGCACGGCAAAUGUUAUUGAAAUGAUACCCAAUCCUCUUCUUGACCGAAUGGAAGUCAUUGCCAUCGCUGGAUAUAUUACUGAUGAGAAGAUGCACAUAGCAAGGGACUACUUGGAAAAAGCUACACGCGAAGCGUGUGGGAUUAAACCCGAACAGGUUGAAGUGACUGAUGCUGCCCUUCUUGGUCUCAUAGAAAACUACUGCCGAGAAGCUGGGGUUAGAAAUCUCCAGAAGCACAUUGAAAAGAUUUAUCGCAAGAUUGCUCUUCAUCUUGUAAGAAAUGGAGCAUCAAAUGAAGCUGAACUGGCAGAGAUUGUUGAAUCUAAUGAAGAAAAGGCAGAUAUUGUAGAUGAAUCAAGUAAAAGCAGUAGUGGAAGCGAGAGUCAAGUCGAUGGUGAAUUGAUCGAUGAAAGUAGCCAAGAUCAAAAAAUUGAAUCCUCUGCUGAAGCUGAGAAGAUAUCUAGUGAUCUUUUAGCAGAUGAUUCUCUUCCCAAUCAACCUGUGGAUGCCAAGGAUGAUGAAUCAGAUGUCACGAACAAAGUUGAGAAAGUGAUUGUUGACUCAACCAAUCUAGCUGAUUAUGUGGGAAAACCAGUUUUCCAUGCAGAGCGCAUUUACAACCAGAUACCAGUAGGAGUAGUGAUGGGGCUUGCUUGGACUGCCAUGGGAGGUUCCACUCUCUACAUAGAAACCACUCAAGUUGAGCAAGGAGAGGGUAAAGGCGCUCUCCAUAUAACCGGUCAGCUUGGAGAUGUUAUGAAAGAAAGUGCUCAAAUUGCUCACACUCUUGCCCGAGCUAUAUUGCUUGAAAAAGAGCCAGACAAUCCUUUCUUUGCGAAUACCAAGCUUCAUCUUCACGUUCCUGCUGGAGCAACACCAAAAGAUGGGCCAAGUGCUGGUUGCACCAUGAUGACAUCUCUAUUGUCACUUGCCAUGAAGAAACCUGUCAAAAAGGAUCUAGCCAUGACCGGUGAAGUAACUUUGACUGGAAAAAUUCUUCCAAUUGGUGGGGUGAAGGAGAAAACCAUAGCUGCAAGAAGAAGUGAAGUAAAAACAAUAAUAUUCCCUUCUGCAAACAGGAGGGACUUUGAUGAGCUUGCUUCCAAUGUGAAAGAGGGUCUUGAUGUUCAUUUUGUUGAUGAAUACAGCCAGAUAUUCAACCUUGCAUUUGAGGACAAAUCAGAGUGAAAAAAACAUAAAGUUUUGACAUUUGAUCAUAAUAUACUUCUGGAUUUAACAUCCAUCUGUCUGGGUUCCUUCACGACUUUAUUUAUGAGAACUACCCAGUAUAUUUAUUAUUUAAAUGUCUCAUUUGACGGAGGGAGGCUUUGAUUAUUAACAUCACCCAUUUUUUUCACCUAUUUCUCUCUUCUCAGUGUAAUAUUUAUGAACAUUAUUUUAAAUAAAUAUAGAUCAAUCUUUUUCUCCCUUCAA